CGGCGCACGCGCACCCUGGCAAUCGUAACUUCCGCUGUGUCUACGUGCGGCGGACAUAUUAGCGUACUCUUCCGUUCUUCAAGGGUAUCUGAAGGCACCAGGUUAGACAACAUGUACCGGUUUGCUAAAGCUGCAGUCAACAUCACCGGUCAGGCCGCAAGGCAGGUGAGGCAUGGAUCCACCUCCCCUGAGAACUUCCACAGCAAGUAUGGCAACGGUCUGAUGGUCGGUGGAGGCGUUUUCUGCACAGCUGUGUGGGCAUACGUGCUCACUCAGACAGGCAUCACCUGGAAUCUGUCACCAAUUGGAAAGGUCAUGCCCAAAGAGUGGAGAGAGGCCGAGGAGUGAAGAGUACCAUGACGGACCUGCAUCCCACCUAAUAAACCUUCUGGUUGUACAGAUGAAUAAUGAAUAUCUGCGUGUUCAGACAGUGAAUGCCUAUGUUUAUUCCAACAUGUUACUAUGUCCAAUUAAAUUAAGUGAUUCUACUGA